CGUGCGGUUGCCCACACAGUUGCACACGAUGCGCAUCCCGAAGUUUCUCACACCUCCUGUCGCAGGAUGUCUGCUACUCGGAGGUGUUCGAUAUGGGGCAGUUGUCUCUCCAAUCCAGGUUUCGGCGCAGGAAAUGUUUCCUCGGUCUUCAGGCAGCGUGGCUGGAGGAAACAUCAAGUUGGACUACGCAAGGGAACUCCGAAAAGAGCAAGGAGGACAGGGAGUAGCCGGCGUCGCAGCCGGUGUCGCUAGUGGUGAGCAGAUGAACAAUAUUGUUGUAGCCGCAUCAGGAGAACAACAAGCACCCGCAGAGCAAGCGCGAGCGCCAGUCGACCUGUUGGCAGAGGCUCGUGCACAUCCAGAAUGUGGAUCGGGGAGGGUGAACGGACUGAUGAUGUUAAGGCUCACGAUAAUUCCUCUCUAGAGUAGCAUAAUCAUGUCCUUCCACGAGAGAUCAUAUCGCCUUAUCAGCGGAAGGACGCGCCCCCCCCUUCUUGGGUGGGACCGGUCAAGUUUGCCGAUGGCGGUCAAGUUUGCCGAUGUAGUCGAACUGCGCAGUUGGCUUAGUGGUUUAGGCGUUCCCCUGUUCACUUAUCAAAUUCCUCUCUAGAGUAGCAUAAUUUCCUAGAACACUUAGCAUAAUCCUGUGCUUCCACGGGAGAUCAUAUGGCCUGGAGCGCCAUCAGCGGAAGGACGCGAGCCACUCACGAACACUAUCGCCUUAUACUCGCAAGUACAGUACCAGAAGAAGCAUUGACGUAUAUCGGCCUCCGCUCUCUUCUUGGAUUCUGAGAGUAUUAUUCUUUCUCAGCCUUCCUCGUGGAUUCUGAGCGUAUGCGCCUUCCGUCAGUAAAAGAAGAAUUAAUAUUUUGGGCUCUAAUGAAGUGGCCAGGGCAGCCUGAAUCGUUUUUGGUUGACGCACACGCCACUCUCGAGAGUCUUCUGUUUCACCACCCCGAUUUCAAUGUCUACGUCUUCAACCUCCCGCGUGGGCAUUUAUGACACUGAGAGGUGACAUUCAUUUGAGCUCAACGUCAGCACCGAAUCCGUAGUCCAUUGGCAGGGAGAUAACGGGUAGUAUAGCUCUUUUUAACUCCUUCAAAUGUAUUGAGCUUCCAUACCCUGAAUGUUGUCAGCUUUGAAUCUGGUUCGAAGUUGCAGCGUCUACCGCAGCACCUCUUUACUUCUUCCCCGCUCGCUAGUUAUUUAUUAGCAUGCUAGUACUAUUUGCUUCUUUUGUACCCAGCCUGUUCCCCCUUUAUCCACAGAGCCUUAUCUCCUUGUUGCAUCCGACCUGUUCCUUCAUGUUUCUCUCCGUUUUUGCUCUCUAGUUAGCAUCUAACCACAUUAGCGCGGUACCGUAAAGAGGGCUAUUGCGUUUUCGCCGUGCCGUUGGACUGGAAUGGAAUCCGUGACGUGCUCCAUGCGGCCAGUCGCGGAAGAUUCACGCGGGAUCAGAUUCAGGAGUUCCUCUACACCAUGCAGAACACACCAGAUCCUGCCAUCACAAUGUUAGGAAAUUCAACUUCUACCUAUGAAUUAUAACUCAAAUAAGGACUAUGUUGAUGAUGACUCAGAAUUUAGGUUUACUCAAUCUUUGGUACUGCUGGUAGGUAAUACGUGCAGGGAAAAUGAUCUCUGAAUAAUCGCUGCUAGAACUAUGUUUGGGGGAGAUGACCUAUUACUAGCUAGUAUGACUGUUUCAAGAAGACAAGGGGCACGCCCCUUGUGCAGCACCGUUUUUCUUCAGAUCAACUAACGAAACUGUAGAAAAUGAACCUCAGCUAGAAGGAGAUGAAGCAAUAUUACAGUAUGCAGAUGAAAAGGAAUUUCAAUUUCUAUCGUGAGGCACCAGCUACCGUGACGCGCAAGCUGCCUCUAAAGGGAGGCGUCGUGUGGAACAGUUUCAUCUUCGCCGUGCAGCACCUGUACGGUGGAUUGUACGUCCCGCUCGAUGGCGUGUUGCUUGGCGCAGUGGACCAGUUUCUGACUACGCCACUCGCUGACACCCUGAUGUUCACGGAACGCAUUUUGCCAGAGAAGCUCGACUGGGGUCUGAAACUUGAAGAGGUAAAGCAACCACGUUCUCCUACCGAUCUAGCUGACUUGGAAACUGGGAUUUGCGGUGAUGUCCAGAUGUGCUUGAGGCACAUUCCUGCCCCAGAGCGGAGACAACUUUAUGAAUGGAAUUUCUUCACUGAUAAGAACUUUAUGAUAACUACGUUAACACAAAAGCCGCAGCUGGCGGGGACUGUGGCGACCGGACAUACCAUAGUCGAUCGCAAUGACGACCAUAGCACUACACACACAGAGCACAAAGAAAUCCGGCGGGAUCGUACGCGUCGCCCGGAGCGCAUCAAAACAAACAAACAAACAAAAACUGACUGUGAAAAAUCUUUUUGAUAUACCCGGAGUGAUAUUAAAGAUAACAUCUUUCUCCUCGUGGAAUUAUUACAGCUUCUUUUUUCGCAUCAGUAGACUUAGUUUCUGAAAACAACAUCUUCGACAGGCAGCACAAGAAAGCUGCCUCUUAUUUCCUUGCUUCAUUUUAAGCUGCGACAGAGAGGUGUGGAUAUCGAGAAAGUUGCGCACGAGUACGUUGUGCACAUACUAGACCAGGUGCGAAAUUGGAGGAAUGGCAGCCCUGAUCUAGAGAAAUUUGGUACAGAAAUGAUGAGAACGUGGAUGCGCGAGGAUCGUAUGUUGCUUCUGCCUCAUUGGGUCAUUCAGGAACCUAGUUUUGCUGACGGAUAUGGCGAUUUUUUUUUGAUACUGAGUAUUGAUAUCUGUAAAGCGUAUAAGGGAAGUCGAUCGGCAUGGUCAUAUGGUUCGCAAAGGUGCGGACGUGGAUGCAUCCUAUGAUCAUGUCCUCAAGCCGUUGUAACUCUAUCCGUGACAGAAGUGAGUAUAAUGAGCAGUACUCAUAGUGAUUUGUUUUCAAUAUCUUCUCGAGCAUUCUUCAUACCCCCUACUCGGCGCACAUUUUGGUGGGACCCGAAAAACAGACGGAGCUUUACUCCCCUCGAUUCCAUCGGUCUAGUUCAGACUGGACAUUGGUAAGCACCGCGAAACUGUGGCUGCCCUUACGUUACGGGCAGAUCUCAGCAAGAAAUGCCCUCCGAUGGAGCGUGAUGGAUUCGGCGUUGCUUUUGUUAAGGCCUCCCAACUGGUGUGUGAAGACUCUGAGCGCCUCUUGGUCCUCUGACAUUUUUCACUGUUGACAAAAGUGUUGUGAAGUAGGGGAGUUGCGUCGAAAGAGAGAGAAUAGCCGUGUCUAUCGAAGCAGUUUAGAGUUGUUGGUUUGGACUUCUAAUGUGGCAGUCGCUGCACAUAUCGCCGUAUCCAUACCGUACCGCGUUCCACAAUCACGAUUACGAAAAGCAUCGAAUGCGAAUUGAGGUAAUAGAAGUUUACUAGUCUAACCGUAUUAGUCUAACCCGACGAGUGAGACUACUCCUACUAGUCUAAGCCCCCUAGUCUAGCCCUACUAGUCUAGCGCUAAACGGUAGAAGUCGAUGCAUCUUUUUGUGAUGGUAGUGCUUUCCGCAUUAAGUGGUGACCCUGGUACUCGGCUUAGGGGUGGCUUAAGCGAUGACCAAGACAUCACUUAGCGCUCGCUUUAGUGGUCACCAAGACAUCACUUAGGAUUCGCUUAGGUAAUGACCAAGAUAUCACUUAGAACUCGCUUAAGCAGUGACCAAGACAUCACCGUUUAAGGGUUCCUUAAGUAGUGACUACCUCCACACAGUGCUUAACAUGGGACACCCUGAUAAAUCAAUACAAGAGAGCAGCGCGCAUAUACUCAGACUUGUUGUACGAAAGAAAAUUAGAUUAACAAUUAUAGCAAUUUCGCCUACUCAUACUCCUGUCUUCCACGUCCCAACAAAUGACAGGGUUACCACUUGUCUAUGGGCGUUUCCGAUUCGUACAAGAACUUUGCGCCCCACGGAGUUAACGAGACGAUACAAGCAGGCAUCAUCGAGGGAGGAUAUCCAGGUAUUGUGGGUGGCUUUCGAACCUUUGGGCGUAUUCGAGUGGUCGGUAGGCCAUGGACAGAGGCAUGGGUGCGCGGCGCAAAUUCAAAUGAAGCGCAGCAGGUGGACACGCAAAGCGCCCAACAGAGCCACGAGGUGAUGGCAAGCAUGCUAGGAAGUGGAGAUGUUGGGGCAGCUCCGACAUUAAGGCUACUUACUUAGUCAUUUUCACAUUGCAUCUCCUUUGUUUAGCCAUCCUCUACAGACUUUUUUUUAAUGUACAUCUACUUAAGCAAAACGUCAAGAAUGGAUGCCUCUCACCAUGCCGAGUGCAAUGUCUUGUCGCAGCCUCCUCGUUCUAAAAACAGGAUUUCCGUAUCCCUCCGUAGCGCAGGCCGAAGGCAGUAUGAAACAGCGACUGCGACUGGUGAUUCGCGUGAACAAACAAGUGGCGCUCUUCUGCCGAAAUGCGGCAGUGCCUUCCAAGUUCGAGUGGCGAGAUGAGGCUUGGUUUCAAAAGUGUGAGCGAGCAUUGAAGGGCGCGCAGCGUUUCGAGAUGUGCGCGUCGUCCUCAGAAAUCAAUUCCGUGGUGCGACUGCUCAGCUACCGAGGAAACUAUGUCAAGGAGAUGAGCACAGCAGUGGCGCGAGUGACGGAUGAGAAGAACUUGGCAAUCCGAGAGCAGAUUGAAGCACACUAUGGACUAGGCUAUUUCGCACUGUUUCAGGGUUGUGACGUAGUGGAACCCGGUUACGAGCAGAUGACUCUUGCUGACUACGCAAAGGUACUAGCAGCGGAAAAACAAGCAACAGGAGAUACUAGUGCAGGAGGGGGAGCCGGAGCAAACCAACAAACAGCAGCACAGCAGUCUUCUAGCUCAUCUGGUGACUCACCGCAACAUCAACAGCAGACAGCAUCGGAUGCCAGUAAGAUGCGCACGGCUGGCACCGUCACAACGCCAUCGCUCGAAGGCACCGAGGACCGAUUUGCGGGACAAACUACGUUGCCGCGACACAAUUUACUAGAUUUUAGGGGACUGAAAUUACUUCUAGACGACCCAGAGUCCGUGAUUACGAUUGCUGCACACUCUGCAUCUCGGUGCUGGAUGUUAGAGCGGCUCGCAGACAGCCUGAAAACGAGCUAUCCUACAAUGCCCAUCAUAGGAACCUGUGAAUGCGCGGAAGAAGACACGGUUUGCGACGCGACACCAAUCCAGAAAUCUGAUUUAGGUGUGGUAACAACACUUUGACGUUGUUUCUGAUAUAGAAGCUGCGUUUGGAUGCAGCUAUAAGUCUCACGAAUAAUGACACCAGUUCUUGAAAAUUAUUCUGAUAACAACAUAGCUAUGAUUAAUUCUUGUGAAAAAUGAAGUUUUAAUCAUUACUCUGUUCCUCUAAACAACGUGCUCACGGUGUAUCCUGUGCCAUAUGAUUUUGGGUUGUCGCAGGGAAAAACAAGGCUGACUGAGCUGAGCAAGACAGAGUAUCUUCUCAUUUUGGACGACGACUUCGUGCGGACGCACCACACGUGUAUCGAGUGCAUGCUCGCCAAAAUGUACUCGUACUGGCACACGAGCUUCCUACCGCUGGAUCUAGGUGCUCAUUUGAUCUAGGUGUAGCAGUUCUAGUUAUCGACAAAUUACAAGGAUGACGAGUGAUCAUUGUUCGCAAGUAAGUGUUAAAGGUUGCAGCAUUACAUUCUUUAGAACAUCCCUCACCUCUUUCCUACUGGGGAUGUAAUUGUUUAAUCAUCCUCAUCGCCCUCCUCGUCCAUCAGUCGGCUUCCCGGUUCUGGAGGACGAGCGGAAUUUCGGUGCUUACCGUGGUAAAUUCCGUUUGCAGAACACGGCUUUGUUCCUAGAACCGUUUUACCACGGCAACGCGCCCGAUGGCUGUAUCAGAGUGGAUUUUUGCCCAAUGGUGUAUCUAGCUAGGCGCGAACGCAUGAAGCAAUUCGUGUGGAAACCGGAGUUGAAAGUCGGAGAACACGAAUACUUUUUCUACACCAACAAUUAAGGCUACAAAUAAUUCGCUAGUCCAUCUAUACAAGAGCGAGCUUCUACUCAAGCAUAUGAAAAGGAGAACCUGCACAGCGAGUAAAAGCCAGAGAGCAGUGAUCAAAAUCCAGAGAAUGCUUAGCAUAUACAAAGCUCUCCCUAGCACGGGGAUACUCUACACUCAAAGCGAUGGACUAGAAGAGCAGCUCUAAAACAAGUUACGCGGCAUUCAAACCGGUGUGUGCUUUGACAGCAGUUUCGCGCAUGCAAGACACAAACCUCAGACCGCUCUAGCAACCUAUCAACCAAGACGUGAUAGGUUUCUGGAUCUCAUGAUGGGAGCUUUUGCAGUCGGCGGAAUCACGCGUGUGAUGUACCUCUUUCGCACGUACCAGGUAUAAUAAAAUUACUGCUCCUUGAAUACUAAUACUUGUUGAGAUUAGAAUAUCCUAUGGCCACUCUUGUUGUCGUAGUUGUAACCCUGCACGACCAGCUUGAGCAUGCCCUAAUUUUACUCGCAAACAAACGUAGAUGACCGAGACAAAAGAUUUUGACGAGUUGGCGGACAGGGAGGUGGCGCCUUGGGAUAUAUCCGAUGACACAUGUGGGCCAAGCCAGGAACCGGUAGCGCCUUUCGUUGUUCUAUUCGUGGCGCUUUUAUCGUCACCAGAAAACAGUCAGACGCGAAAUUAUCUCCGUAGCGGUAAGAACUCGUGGCUCCGACGGCUACAGGAAAUGGGCCAACUCUCAUAUGUAUGGCAAGGCUGUAGAGCUAAUUAUAUUCGAUAGAAGAAACACUUCGCGUCGCAUAAUUCUUAGGCCGCUGGGCGAAAGAGAAGAGCCAGACGAAGGCAGAAGUGGCAACCUCGUUGGGAGAAACGCCGGGCGUUCUAAGCCAGUCGUUUCUUUGUGGAUUCGAUAGAUCACGACUUUCAUCAAAGAAGCUACUACUUGAAGUCGGUUAUACUUUUCCUUUCUCCUACUUCUGUUACCGUCUUCGUCUUUCACUGUCCAACAAGAUUCGUGAUACCUCCUCCACAUACAUCUUCGUCUUCGUCUUUCAUGUGACACCUUCGUGAUACCUGGAGAUCCAUCCCAGACUCCGGGAGUGAUGGCAGAGCAGGCGCAGUGGAACGACAUGGUCUUUGCGCCGCAUGUCGAAUGGACGCCUAAGCCGGAACGAGAUGCGUACGAGCGAAAGUAUCCAACAGCAAAACUCAUCGGAGGAACAGGUGGGGCGCCUUUGGCUACGGAGUUCGGUGGUGGGAUGUUGAGGUUCAUAUUCGAGUUUCUUCGGAAACGCUUUCAAUUUCGCUGGAUCCUGGUCCAGCACGAUGACGUUUAUCUGCACUUAGUUAAGGCUAUCGAUGAUUCAGUCAUAUAAGAAAACAGAGCUUUUCUAACUGUAAGAGCUGUUUAGGCGUUGGCCUGUUCACUUAUCACUAUCGAUGAUUCAGUCUUAUAAGAAAACAGAGCUUAUUUACUGGGUGACCUCAUAGGUAGACACGCGCAGCUACAAACGAGGUUCCAUGACACAUGACUGUAAGAGCUGCGCCUCUAGAAGUUCUUAGUGUAUGCACAACCGAUAGGGCCCUUGAUGAUUUGAUUCAGUCCUAUACGAAGAUGCAGCUUCAUCUCCAGCUCCUGUAAGAGAUGGCAAUUCUUCAAGUGCUUCUUGUCAAGACGAAAAAAUUCUAAUUUCGGCACGUUUUUGGAUACAUUGGGUGAUUGCGGAGAGCCAGAAAAUAAGGUCAUAGGCAGACUCUACGACGAACCGGGGAUGGGACCGGAGAAGAUGGUGGACGGACUUUCAUUUGUUUAUGAACAUGCUUAUAGAGUACAUCUACCCACUUAUCUUUUUUUCCCUCGACCAUUCAGUGAUUAUAGAUAGUGUGCACUACAAAAAGUCCCCCUGCUCCCUCCCCUUCUAAAGUUCUUUGUCCCGCGACUUGUUUCAAGUCUUAACGGAUGCGACGUUUUUGAGUCGAAGUCGAGUGACUGACUCUCUGACAGGGACCAUCAAUAGGUGGCUUUUGCCUUUCGAAGUGACAAAAAUCGAAUUGCCGUAUGCGAAAUUCAGACUAGAAAAUGCACAGUGUCCCCUGGAUGCAGCGUUCCUGCAUCCGAUAAACCCAGAAGCAAUGCAGCUGAUGGACGACCAUGCUCGUCCGAAUGAGCCACCCUGUGGCGUUUUCUAUCGCGAAGAACUCGGUGCACCGGGAGAAAAGCGGGCGGAACUUUGAAAACGGUCUAACUCUCGUUGAUGUGGUUCCUCGAACCCGAACAUGAGUAAGCUACAUCACCACAUCUAGUAGAUCAUGAUAGUGAGAAAACAGAAUAAGUAUGGGAUUCUAGGAGCACGGAGACGCUAUAUUAUCAUAGAGACGAGAACAAGACAGAACAAGAAUGAGAUCAGUUUCGAGUACGUAUUUUUGAUCGCAGCCUUGCAGUAUCGGAUGAACAGCUGCCAAAGAUUGCAGCACUUGCACCUAAACUUAAUGAUACUUACGUUCUUUGUUGUGUGCAAUAGGUAUGAAGUCCUCGCCUGUAGUUCUUAUAUUCUAGAUAUGAAGGUGUGUAUGCGAUAUGUUGGGCAUCUGACUUACACGAGCUACAACACUUAGAGAAUAAAAACUUGUUGAAGUUGGAAUAUAGUGAAGAAUGUAUCGUCUUGGAAAUAUAGCGAUAAAUAGCAGCAUUGAAAAUAGUUGGUUCAAUGGGAUCAGCGCGCGCAACAAGGACAAGAGGGUAUUGCCGACGAGACGGGUAGUAUUUUGAGGAAACAAGUGUAAUACAAGGUUAACCAGUUACCGACCAUUGUGCUGUAAUGGAGCACAGUUCUGUUGGAAUGCGU